AUUUAAUGAUUUAGAAGCAAAGUAAUAAUGUUGCAUGUCCUCGAGAGUCAGAGCCACAGUGACCGACACGACCACAGAUACCAAUUUUCUCAUCGCAGUACCAGUUUUCGUAAAAUAGCUUCAUGUCGAGAUCAAUACGAAGACACCGAUGUCGGAUACUCACAGCUCUUACCUAGUACCAAAUACUGGUCGCCGGGUAAACUUCCAGACUAUCUGGAAAAGGGAACUGACUAUGAAAAGCGUUAUCAGAAAAGCGAUUAUGAUUUCGACGUAUCGCUGACAACGACAUAUGAUAUGGAUCAUUCAGAUAACUUAAGAACGAGCCCAAUUAGACGUCAUAGCUCCCGCAGCACAAGUGCACCUAUGAGAAGAACAAGGAUAUUGACCUCCAAGAGAACAGCGGAUCAACAGGAAGAGGAAAAAUUGACGACACAGUCAAAUAAUUUAACGAAUUCCUCUGACGUAGACGCCUGGAAGUUGUGGCUUGAGGAGAAACAGAAACGUCUGCAAGAAGAGAAAGAAAAGAAAAGGAUGGAAGAAGAACAGCAGCUGGAGUCUGAGAAAACAAAAGAGAUAGAAAAGAUGCGGCGGCUGCAGAUCUCCAAAUUGAAACGACAGGAGUGGCUGGCCAAGAAACUGAAAGAUGAGAUAGAGGCCAAGAUGAAAGAGGAGCGCAAAUUAACUCGCAAAGAGACGAAAAAGAUGAAAGAAGAAGAGGAAAAGAAAGCUAAAAACGAUGAGCGUGUGAAGGAAUGGAAAGAAAAGAAAGCUGCAAAAGAGAAGGAGCAUAAAGAGAAGAAGAAGGAAGAGGAGUUGAAUGAGAAGAAGGAGAGUGAAGAGAAAGAGAGGAAGGCGAGGGAGAAGUACGAGCAGUGGGUGAAGGAGGCCAACUGCAGACCCAGCAGAGUGUCCGCUUCCCUCGGAUACACUGGGGGCAGACUCAUCGUUCUGAGGCGCAAAAAGUCUAUUGGGUACUACGAUUGGAAUUCGUACCCGUCGCCUUCAUACUACAACCCAGUGCCUUGGCAACCUAUAGAAGUACCUGAAAAGGCCAAACCCAAAGUCAAAUCAGCCAGUAGCAACAAGCAAACGUCAUCAAACAACAGGACUAAAAAACCUGCAGUCAGGAGGCCUGCAUCUGCUGGAAAGGUCAUCACUUCGAACAAGCCAAACGAACCGAAAAAGUCACAACCAAAAGAGAUUCUGUCGCCUCCUCUGAUGUGGAAAGAGGUUUUAGCCCGAAAGAAGUAAAUUUUAAACUCCUAGAUAACUUAAUACUUGUUUAAAUGCAUGUGUGUACAAAUUUAUGUAAAUAUUGUGAAAAAUUGAUAAGUGAAAUAUUUUGUAUUAGUUGAAAGUAAUUCAGUAUUUGUGUUUACACAAGCCAAGUGU